CAGAAAAGUUUACUAAACAGCGGACGAGAGGCCGGCGGCGGCGGCGGCGGCGACGGGACCUGUGAGCGAGCGCGGUUCGUCGGCCUCACCUGUCCUCCUUCACCCGCGGCGACCGGCGGCGGGCAGCGCGUCCGGCGGAGAGGGCCGCCGCCAGGUGAGGCGCGGAAUGAACCUGACGUCUGCUGCAGGGAAACACGGAAGCUUUAACAUGUUUUCUUGCCUAAAAACUCAAACUUUAAGUAGCUGCUUGUGAGCAUAGGGAAGGCAGGAAGCUAAUGUCUGUGUCAAGCCACAGGACAGCUGUUUGCUCAUCGUCCUCCACUGUGUGUGCAGCAGAGGAACAUGGCGCAGGAAACCAACCACAGCCAAGUGCCCAUGCUGUGCGCCACCGGCUGCGGCUUCUACGGGAACCCCCGCACCAACGGCUUGUGCUCCGUGUGCUACAAAGAGCACCUCCAGCGGCAGAACAGCAGCAACGACCGCAUCAGCCCGCCCGAUAACGUGGCGGACGGUCCCAAGUGCGGAGUCACUAACCCGAAAUGUGGUCCCGUUGCAGCCACGUCCGUCAGCAGCCUGUCUGACUCUUUACCAGUUCAGUGCACAGACGGCGGUGUCCCGGAAGCGCCGUCCACGCUAGACUCGACGUCUUCAUCUCUGCAGCCAAGUCCUGUAUCAAAUCAGCCACUUUUAUCAGAAUCUGUAGCAUCUUCCCAAGGGGAUAGUACAUCAGCGGACAAAGCAGCGGCCGAGGCAGAAGACCUGCAAGCUUCAGUAUCAGAUCCGGCCCAGCAGCCGGCCGAAGAGCAGGACAAAUCUCUCGAAAAGCCAAAACAGAAAAAGAACCGCUGCUUCAUGUGCCGGAAGAAAGUGGGACUUACUGGGUUUGAAUGCCGGUGUGGGAAUGUUUACUGCGGUGUACACCGCUAUUCCGAUGUACACAAUUGCUCUUACAAUUACAAGGCCGACGCGGCUGAGAAAAUCCGAAAAGAGAACCCCGUGGUGGUCGGCGAAAAGAUCCAGAAGAUUUGAACUCCUGCUGGAAUACAAACUCCUUUGACCAUCUUGCAAACCAAACCUUGACUCGAGGUGUUUUU